GUUUACCUUGCUUUCGCCAUUGCUGCAGAGCUAGUCUUUUGGCUAGCACCCAGCUUUUAUGCUUCCGCCAUUGCAGUCGCGUUCCUGGGGUUCUUUAUUGGGCCUAUGUUUCCACACGCAAUCUCGGUAGUCACCAGUCUACUACCACCUUCUCUGCAUGUAGUGGUGAUUGGUUUUGUAGCAGCCUUGGGUGGUUGUGGAGCGUCAUUGUUACCAUUUGCGGUAGGUAUACUCGCACAGCGGUUCGGCGUGGAAGCUUUGCAGCCUUUUGUUCUCGCUUGCUUGUGUCUUUCAUUGAUUGUAUGGCUCCUCAUUCCUCAUGCAAAGAACAAGAAAGGACAAUAA